AUACAUUAUAUUUUAAAAUGGCCGUCUGCCAUGGUCACGACGGAUAGCGAGCGAUAGUGUGUUGUGCGUAGUGUAUUCGUGAAAAAAGUGUGUUUGAUGGCGUGUAUGCCCUUGUCGGUUAAUGUGAAGCGUAGCCGUGUCUGAUAACGGAGAAAAUUUGUGCAUUUCGGUGACGGAAGCACUGCAAAUAAGUGCAUAAAUAUCCGCCGGAAGCGCUGCAUGGAUGUUUGUGUAUGUUCAUCGGCAGAAAAUCAUCACUGAAUGCGAGGAGAAGAUCCUCGCGGCGUACUCUCAAUCGGCCGCCCGCGUCAUCGUUCCGAGUGCCGUCGGAAACCCACCUAAAUAUUGAACAAAUAGUGUAAAGUGUCGUGCGUGAAGAAUAUGCGAUAAACACAGGAUGGAAAAACACACAAGUCGGAAGGACGAGAUCGUCUCCUGAAGUGCUUGCUGCUUUCGCAAACACAAACACCAGCGCAAGCAUCGAUAGAGUCAAGUGGAAAUCCUGUCGCGCUGCUAUAGCAACAAAUCGCUCAGGUGGAAAAUUGUCCCCUCAACCGAGCGGAAUGAUUUUUGUCAAGUGAUGAAGAGAAGUACCAGCGAAUGGGGCCGAGACGGUAGAAAUACUAUCAGUGGAACCGAGUGAACGUGGAAUGAACAAAAAUUACCUACACACAUCUUUAGCGCAGCAACACCACACAACACUAUUUAGCCAGAAUCAAUAAUUCCUCGAAUGAAGAAGAGAAAGAGUGCAAUAAUAUCAAAUUUGUAGAAUCAAACAUAGGCCAAGCCAAAUGAAAACAGUCAAACUUGGAUUUAUACGGCGGUAGUGAUAGUAAACGAGGAAACUCAACGCGGUGCCGAAGUUGCAAAGCAGAAGAAGGCUUACCGUUUUGUGUGGAGGGUAAAAAUAAAAGUGAAGAGAGAAGUAAUUGAAGCAUACAGAGUGUAUAAAGAUACAAAAAAAGAGAUCAUCUUGUGUUUCUCUGCUUUGCUUAUUUUUGUGUUAUUUUUGGGGGCUGUACAGUUAAUUAGUGUAUAAAGAUGAACGGGAAUGUGGUGAGGUGUUUCUACUGCUACAAUAUCAACUAUCGCUACUGUUGCUACAACUACUUGAACUGUGCUUGCCGCGUUUCUUCGUCUCCAUCAUUUCGCCAUUCCAGAGGAGGAGUCAUCAUCUGUGGCUCUUCGUAGGAUUCACCAUCGACCUCCGGAGCACAUACUUACUAACAGCAGACAACGUAACCACAACAACAACAACACGCAUCACAAGAGACACUAACUGUAAAAAGAAACCCAGCGAAAAGCUUUGAAAGACGCGAAACAAAACUUCGCUGUCGAAGUCGUCCCCCCGAAAAUAUUCCCAUUUAGAAUAUGAUAGAUCUUGAGGGAGCCUCCGCUAAAGGGCGUUCUUUGAAAGGGCUCCAGCAAAGAUAACUACUACUCAGCACAAGUCAGCGUUAAGCUGAACACUGUCAGUGGCCAAAUAACUGGAAGAAAGAUACGAAUUACCGCCCCGUCUGCAGCCAAAUGAUGUCCCCUGGAAGAGGUUUAAGUCGACGGGGAGUGAAUGCAGGACCGCCACUGAGCUUGCCAUCUACACUGGAGGACUCUACGAAUAACUGGAAAGGUACACCCUCGGGCCCCGCCGAUCCGUCACAGCAAGCCGGUGGACCCGGAGGAGCGGGUGGUCCCGGGGGUGGUGGACCCGGCGGAGGUGGAGGUCCCGGAGGCCAGGGUGGAGGCGUCAACAAUUUUGGUGGUCCUGGAGGAGGAAACAAUUUCGGUGGGCCCGUAUUUCCUGCCGCCGGUCAGGGUUCUCCCGCGGGAGGAUCCUCGGCCAACAACUAUCAAAACGUACCACCCGGGACAGGUUCCAAUACUCCUCAGUAUACGGCAUCACCUGCACCGUCGGGAUCUAGCACACCGGGUCCCGGUCCGCCACAAAACGUAGGUUCUGGUUUCCCACCACCAAACUCCGGGGCAGGCGGUCCCGGUCCGUACAAUGGGCCAGGGGGAGGUGGUCCGGUCGCCGGAGGACCCUUCGGCUCACCGUCCGCCAAUGGUCCACAAUUUGGCCGACCGGGUAGUUCCGGUUCUGCCUUUGGCAGUGGACCUCAUUUUACGUCACCAGGUGGCCCGGGUAGUUUCGGUGGGCCACAGUUUGGUCUACCUCCUGGGUCGCCCUUCGGCCACGGGCCCAAUGGUCCGAAUAUGGGUGGACCUAUGAAUCAAGCACACAUGAUGAGCGGUCCACAGCCGGUCGAACGGAUGGAUCAGAGUCAAUUGAACGUUCCCAGAAGGCAUGCAUACUUCGGACAACCUGACUAUAGAAUAUAUGAAUUAAAUAAGCGAUUACAGCAAAGAACUGAAAUUCGUCAAUUACAGGAAAGUGAUAAUUGUUGGUGGGAUUCAUUUGCGAAUGAAUUCUUCGAAGACGAUGCUACCCUAACACUAACAUUUUGUUUGGAAGAUGGACCAAAAAGAUAUACUAUAGGACGCACAUUAAUUCCUCGUUAUUUUCGAAGUAUCUUCGAAGGCGGUGUGACGGAACUCUAUUUCAACCUGAGACACUCGAAAGAAUCGUUUCAUAAUACAUCCAUUACGCUAGACUGCGACCAGUGCACAAUGGAAACGUUACAUGGAAAACCAAUGUACACCAAGGUCAUCACUGAGGGGCGCCUGAUACUGGAGUUCACCUUCGACGAUCUGAUGCGGAUAAAGUCGUGGCAUUUUGCGGUGCGUGCGCACCGGGAGCUGAUACCACGCUCGGUGGUCGCAAUGCACACCCAGCAGCCGGAUCCAACAAUGUUGGAGCAGCUCACGAAAAAUAUCACCCGGCAAGGAAUUACCAACUCGACACUAAAUUAUCUGCGCCUCUGUGUGAUAUUAGAACCGAUGCAGGAAUUAAUGUCCAGACAUAAAGCAUACGCCCUAAGUCCGCGAGAUUGUCUGAAGACGACGCUGUUUCAGAAGUGGCAACGUAUGGUCGCACCACCUGAUACCCAACGUCCAGCAAACAAACGGAGAAAACGCAAAGGAUCGAGCUCAGGAGCUGGGGCGGGCAAUGCCGGUCCGCCAGUGCCGAGCAAGAAACGGUCGCCCGGACCGAACUUCUCGCUGGCGUCUCAGGUAGAUGUGAUGGUGGUUGGUGAACCCUCUCUGAUGGGUGGAGAAUUUGGAGACGAGGACGAGCGAUUGAUCACUAGGUUAGAAAACACGCAGUAUGAUGCGGCAAAUUCGCUUGAACAUGAUAGCCACAAUGCGUUCGGUGGUCACAAUGACUCGCCUAUGACGGGUGGAGGACCUGGAGGUCCCAACUCGUGGCAAGUGGAUCGAGGUGGUGGUCCAGGGCAGCCAAACAACAGCGGACCCGCCAGUCAGGAAUCAGACAAGAAAAGUCCGUCGGUGUCCCAGUGACAGUUGUAAUACUAUAGGGUGAAGGAGGAAAAUCAGUAGAGCCAAUGCGCCAAAACACACACACACAAAAUGUCCGCUGGAGGAUGCGCCCUAGCCUUUAUGAUAAAAUAAUAUCAGUAGCGGACAUUUGCGAGGGAAAUUACCACAAACCCCCCUCCAAUAUAGAUGUAUAUGAUUCAAGAACGAGACGCAAUCAACAACCAUAUUACCCAAAAUGGCAGAAUGGGCGGUGCCCAGUGGAAUCAGCUCAGUGCGGUCCGGCAUCCGGAUCUCUAGCAAUACAACCGUGACCGUCACAAUUCGGUUACGACCGAAAACAAACUCUUUCUGCGGCUAAUAAGAUUUCCUAGUGUUUAAAGGAGGAGCAAGUAAUAGAAGAGCGUUAAAGUACUUAGUUCUGCAAUUUGGCACUAAAAUAGUGAUUUUUGGGGGUGAGAUCCAGAUUAAUAAUGGAUAUUGGGAAAAAAUUAAACAAGAAUAAAUAAAACAGAAAAAACGGAAUUAAUUUGAAAAGCACUACCCUAGGAAUCAUUGCACGAAAAAGCCGUAAUGAUAUGGACAAUUUCGGAGCGGAUAUUUUGCAAUAUAGAUACCGUGUUUUUCAAUGCUACAA